UACUCCACUUUUAUUUUGUAUUAUAAAACCACACCAGGUGUGCAUCCAGUAACCAUGGCAGAAGCCGCUAAUGUGCGCCAGAAUCUGCAGAAUGUGCCUUCGAUCUUUGAAAUAUCAGCAGCGGAGACGCUGGACAACCUGAUAUACCCGGCACUGAGUAAAAUCUUCGACUAUUUUGGCCUGCGGCUGGACUUUAAACUCUGGGGCAACCUUCGAGUGCGAGAGGAGCUGUCGCCGCUGCUGACUUGGAUCCUACAGUACCUGUAUCUGCGGAAUCGCGCCUCCUCCUUCGGCGAGAGCUUCUACGGACUGCAGCGCACAGCCACUGGCACGGGAAAGCUCCUGACCCGACCGCAACAGUUCACCUCCGCCACUUUGCUGACCUGCCUGCCGUACAUUGAGCGUAAGCUGCGGACACGCAGCGCCCAACACGAAGAAACCUACGCCUGGGAACCGUACUUAAUCAAUCUGUUCCACGCCUACAAUGCCUCCAAGGCGGUACACACAUUUGCAUACCUCAUCAAACAGGCGUCCAGUCACUCGCCGCUGUUCCGUGCCAUGCGCCUCACCCUGCGUUACCCGAGUGAGCCGCCCCAGGAGGACAAGUGGACUUAUAUAUUCCUGAAAAUGCUGGAGGUGCUGGCCUUCUUCCUGCAGUUCAUCCAGUGGUGGUACUCCAACGAUCAGCGCCGCAAGGUUGGCGGCACACUGCAGAAUCCCGAGGCCAUGCCGGAGCUAGAUCUGCCAGAGGAAGUGAAGCAAACGCUGCCACAGAAGGGCAAGUGCCCCGUCUGCUUGCUGUCACUGCAAACGCCAACAGCGUGCUCCGUUUCCGGUUAUGUUUUCUGUUGGAAAUGCAUCAUCAGCCACAUGAAGGAGCACGGCACUUGCCCGGUGACGAGCUACCCCAUCAGCCUGGACGACCUCGUGCGCAUUUACGAAACGUAGCCAAAUGUAGUCUAAGUGUUUAUUAUUUGUUGUACAAUAUUCAAUAAGAUCUGAAUCAGAAUUCGCUGAGGAAGAAGCCCAAA